AUGGACGUGAACCUCUCCGCCGCCAUCUCCGCCGCGCCAGACAAGGUGCUUGUUGACAUUGUGAAGUUGGGUCAAAAACAUGGAAUGAGAGGCAGCGAUGGAAACUGGAAGGAAUUUCUGAAUGUUCAUGAUCGGAAUAUCGGCUCCUCCUUAUCUGAUCCAGCAAGGAGGAAGCGAGAGACAUUGAUUUCGUUUCUGAAAACAGUCACAGCAGAGGAACAUUUGAAGUUUCUUGCUAAUGUUGUUCAAGCACAUUUGAAUCGGGAGGUGUUGAACCAAUUGUUUAAGGACUCUUCAGAUGAUGAAUCGCCUCAGCAGAGGUUGGUGCGUUCAACCCUCGAGCAUCCAUUCUAUCUGCCAAAAUAUGCCUUUCCAUCAUAUGAAAAGGAGUGGUUAGUAACAAAGAUCCCCAAAAAAUCCAAGCUGAUGAAAGCAAAUGAUAUGCUUGCUGUUGAUUGUGAGAUGGUUCUUUGUGAAGAUGGCACUGAUGCUUUGGUGAGGGUGUGUGUUGUGGAUUGCAAUUUGCAGGUAAAACUUGAUGAAUUAAUAAAUCCUGGCAAACCAGUUGCAGAUUAUAGAACUGAGAUAACUGGAGUAUCUUCAGGAGACUUGGAUGGAGUCUCUUGUUCGUUGGUGGAUAUACAGAAAUCCAUGAAGAAGCUGUUAUCGAAAGGAACUAUUUUAGUAGGUCAUGGUUUAUAUAAUGAUUUGCAAGCUCUAAAGAUAGAUCAUGCAAGAGUAGUUGACACCUCAUUUAUCUUCAAGACUUCAGAUGGAAAGACACCUUCUUUGAGUAGUUUGUGUAAGGCAGUGCUGGGUUAUGAACUUCGCAAGGAAGGUUCUCCACACAACUGUUUAGAUGAUGCAUGUGCUGCAAUGAAAGUCGUUCUCGCAAAGAUUGAGCGAGGAGUAGAUACCGAAAUCCCGUUGAUUCAAGAACAUGGAAAGGAUGUGUGGGAAACUGAAAUGGCAAAGCUACUUAUUCAUAGGAUACCUGCUAAUGUUCGUCAGAAAGAAUUACAAAGAAUCUUCCCUCAGAGUUUUACUUUUGAGCUUAAGCUAAAUAAGAAGGCCGAAGGAGCACCAUAUUCCAUGCAUGUGAUCUUUAAGGAUAAAGUGGAGGCUAAUCAGGCAUUCGAAAUUUUGAAUGCCAAUCCAAACAAGGAUUCAUCUGGGCUACCGCAAAAACGGAUCUCAUUCAGACUAAACACAGGUGAAACUGUUAGCGUAUUUGUUCGGAAGAUGAGACAUGAUUAUACAGGAGAUGAAGUUUCGCUGAAGAAGAGAGCGUUUGAAGGUGAGGAUUCAGGCAAUGCCAAGAAACAGAAGACAGAUCAAUAUGAGAAUAUUUUGGAAGAGGACAAAAUAUUGCAACAAUUACCAAAGCAAAAGUAUCCAAACCACUGUUGUGACCUCUUGAAAGAGAUUGAUGGACUGAAGAAGGAAUUGGAACUAAAGGAGUUAGAACAGUACAAUAAACACGUUGAAGAGAUUGAAAAACUGAAGCAUGAAAUAAAAAGUAAGGAUUUUCAAAUCUGUAUGCAGGAUAAGAUGAUUUCUGGACUCAAAAAAAGGCUGGAAGAAGAGAAACUUAGAAAGAGAAAGUGA